AUGAAGAAAUCAAAUCAUACUGAACAAGAGGAUAUUCAUACUGGGGAGGAAGCUUACAAAUGCAACCCGUGUUGUAGAGUAUGCAAUCAAAUAUUUAAUCUAAUUAGAAACAAGAAAACCCAAAAUGGAGAAAAACCUUACAAAUGUAAAGAAUGUGGUAAAACAUUUAAUUGGCCUUCAGGUCUUACUCUACAUCAGAUAAAUCAUACUGGAAAGAAGCCUUACAAAUGUAAGGCAUGUGGCAAAGGCUUUAAGUGGCAUACAUGUCUUACUCUACAUGAGAAAAUUCAUACUAGAGAGAAACCUUACAAAUGUAGAGAAUGUGGGAAGGCCUUUUAUCAGCACUCAAAACUUACUCAGCAUCAGAGAACACAUACUGGUAACAAUCCUUACAAAUGUAGAGUAUGUGGCAAAGUCUUUAAAUGCCAUUAAUGUCUUACUGUACAUGAGAGAAUUCAUACUGGAGAAAAAACUUACAAAUGUAUAGAAUGUGGCAGAGCGUUUAUCCAGUGCUCAAAACUUGCUCAACAUCAGAGAAUUCAUACUGGAAAGAAGCCUUACAAAUGCAAAGAAUGUGGUAAAUCAUUUACCUGAGCUUCAAGUCUUACUCAACAUCAGAAAAUUCAUACUAGAGAGAAACCUUAUGACAUACAGAAGCAAUACAAAUGUAGACAAUGUGACAAAGCCUUUAAACAGCAUUCAUAUCUUACUCAACAUCUGAAAAUUCAUAAUGGUGAGAAACCUUACAAAUGUAAGAAAUGUGUUAAAGCCUAUUCUCUGUAUUCAAGAUUUACUCAACAUCUGAUAAUCUACAUCUGCAAGAAACCUUACAGGUGUAAGGCAUGUGGUAAAGCCUAUAGUUGAUGUUCAAGGCUUACUGAACAUCAGAGAAAUUAUACUGGAAUUAAGCCUAUCAAAUGUAGAGAAUGUGGCAAAACUUUUAUCUACAACUCAGAGCUUACUAAGCAUCAAAGAAUUCAUACGAGAGAGAAACCUAACAUAUGUAGAGAAUGUGGCAAAACCUUUAGCCAGUCAUCAAACCUUACUGAACAUCAGAAAAUUCAUGCUGGAAAGAAACCUUAUGAAUGUGAAUGUGGCAAAGCCUUUAAUUGUUCCUCAAAACUUACUUGCCAUCAGAUCAUCCAUACUGGAGAGAAACCUUACAGAUGUAACAAAUGCAGUAAAGCCUUUCCUUGGCAUUGGUAUCUUACCAAACAUCAGAUAAUCCAUUCUCGAGAGAAGCCUUACAAAUGUGAAGAAUGUGGCAGAACUUUUAAUUAUCAUUGGGGUCUUACACAACAUGAGACAAACCACAGUGGUGAGAACCCUUACAAAUGUGGAGAGUGUGGCAAAGCCUUUAAUCACUCAACAAAACUUAUUCGACAUUAGGUCAUUCAUAUUGGAGAGAAACCUUACAGAUGUAAAGACUGUGGGAAAGCUUUUACUUGGCCUUCAUAUCUUACUCAACAUCAAAGAACACAUACUGGAAAGAAGCCUUACAACUGU